UUCAUUAAUCCAUGCCAAGAAUAUCGGACACAAGGUCAAAGGCUGAAUCUCUUCAGGAUAAUUAGCCAGGAAUUAAUACAAGAUGGUUUUUGCGCUGUGGUUUUAGGAUGAUAAAAUACAGGAAAAAAAAUCUGUUAUACAACUCCUCUCCCUUUAUCUAAGGUUGGUCAGACCCAAUGAAAUGCAUCACUCACCUGGAUAAACCCCACUUCUUACCUGAAGCUUUGUUGACCUGGAUCAAUUCCACAUCCUAGGUUCCAUUCAUGUGAUGUGGAUUCUGCUUUCUCUGUUGGGAUUUUUUUAAGGUUGUGAUUAGUGGCCAGCUACCUGAGUCUCUUUCUCUUGUCUAUUGUUCCAGGGCUCUCUGGAAAAGUCUCCCUUACUGUGUAGCUGGAGAGCCCAUAACAGCACUGUGGUGAGUGUUGAGCACUUCAUGUUCAGUUCAGAUUCAUUCAUUCUGAGUGGCUCCUCGGACAGAAGCGCCAGACUGUGGACCCCAGAUGGGAAAUUUGUGGGAAACUUUGGGCAGGAAAAGAGAUGGGACUUGAAAAAUCCAUCAACAUUUGCCCACCCCAAGGACCCCUGGAGUGAGAGAAGAGAAAUCAGGAAAAAACGAACGCCAACCAAGCAGCCGGCAUAUACUGAUGGGCGGCUCUUCAGUUCAAGGGAGCUUGUCAGAAAUGUGGUGGGAGAGACAGAAGAGAAGGUAAACCAGGAGAUCAAUGGGGGAAGCGCAAUGGAGGAGAGAGAGCAACUGCAGGAGUUCCAAUUACCAAGAGCGGAUGGUGCCCAUCCACCCACAUCCCCCAGCCAGAUUUCUGCCGCGGAUGCAGUGCAAAGCCGCCUGACAACUCCACAAGCGUUCACCGGUACCUCAAAUCAAAGAAAACACGAGUGCCAGAGCCUUUUCAGACACCAUCUGGAAAAUGACCUGGUGAAAAGAAUUACAGGAAGGAAAGCCCGUCGGCGUGUGUUUGGGGCUAUCAGUGCUAACAAAUUCAACCGGUUUGGGACACUCUGUUCACCUUUUCAUGCACUAGCAACUCCGGAGAUGCAGAAAUUAACUUUACCUCAAGACUUACCCAUGACCUCUCGGAUGCUGAGGCAGGGCAUAGUCUGCAGCACCGAGACGGACUUACGGUCUUUACCAUUAACCUUCCCAGACCUGGACACCGAGAAGACAGAAGAGCCCAGCCUGAGUGAGAGAAAGAAGUCAUCAGUCCACAUGAAAACCCCUCUGCUUCCCCCAUUAGUUAAACCUACCAGAGCUAGCCUCUCCCACAGUAAAAAGGCUAAAAGUUUCCAAUUUCCCUCCCAGUUCCCACAGUAGCUGUUUCUAUUAGCCUGUAAUAGAUGCUAAGUACUGGCACCUUCUGAAAGAGAAUAUCUGGAUUCCAUUUCUACAGCAAUAUGCUUUGUCUUUUUUUGUAUUAGACCCUGGAGCAUUGUUUUAAGCAGUCCCUUUGACACCUAAAUUCCUC